AUGUCUCCGCCGCGCAAUAACAGCCUUGGCGGCUGGUUCUUCUUCCUGGCCACCCUUCUCGGUAUCUUGACCCCUAUCUACGUCGUCCUCGAGAAGAACCUGGAGAGCUUCUAUGUCUUCGACCUCGACCACCUCCACGACCUUCAACUCCGCGCCAUUGCCGAGCAUGGCAACAACACGGCCGACAUUGUCAACUACAUCGUCGCCGAGCUGAACGAGAAGCACCCCGACGUCGUGAACCUGCACGAGGAGUGGGUGUUUAACAACGCCGGCGGUGCCAUGGGUGCCAUGUACAUCAUCCACGCCAGCAUCACCGAGUACCUCAUCAUCUUCGGUACCGCCAUUGGCACUGAGGGUCACACCGGCCGCCACACUUCCAACGACUACUUCCACAUCCUCACUGGCACCCAGCUCGCCUACGCCCCCGGACCUGGCGUCUACACCCCUGAGGUCUACACCCCUGGCACCGUUCACCACCUCAUCCGCGGCACCGUCAAGCAGUACAGCAUGCCCGAGGGCUGUUUCGCCCUCGAGUAUGCCCGCGGCUGGAUCCCUCCCAUGCUGCUGUUCGGAUACGCCGACGGCUUCACGAGCACCGUUGACUUCCCCACGCUGUACCACACCACGCGCAUCACGGCCAGGGAGAUGAUUGGCAAUCUCCUGAAGGGCAAGUUCUAG